UGGCUGCAUGCUAUUGCUAAUUAUUCUUGGAAUUUGCCGAAAACCCAUUACUCUCUCCCAAACUGCUCACAUUGUGGCUGUAGAACCAGUCUGGCUGAGAGGUGACACAUUGUGUGUGAGUUUUGUGAAUUAUUUGUGGAUCUCAGCUCAGCCUGGGGGUUUGUUCUCUCAGCAGCUCAUUGUGAUUAACUGACGUGUGUUCAUGUAAACCCACCUCCUUCCCUAGAGAGCUGAGCUUGUAUCCCAAAUCCAUGGAAGAAGCUGUCAGGAGCAGAUACAGAGUCUGGCUGGGAUGGACUGCAGGGAAGCUGGGUUAAGUGGACCUGAUACAUUGUGAUAGAAAGUUCCCAGGAUGAUCUCCCCCCCUGUGCUGGUCCUGGGGGCAACCUUUGGGGCGGUGGCAGGACUGCUUGCCCUCUGUUGUAUGCUGUGUGUGUGCGGGCGCUUAUAUAAGAAGAAGAUGCCACCAGACAGUGGGGGUGGGACCCCUGUGACAAUGACUAGUGUUCUACACCAGGGGCAACCGAUGAACAUUUACAAGUGCACUGAAGCGGUACACCAGCAAGCAAGCGUUAAUUUUCUGCACAUCUACGGAGCCAAAGAGACAUCCCCGGAGAUAGUUAAUUGCAAAAAUUACAAUUUGAAGAUGACAGACAAUGAAACAAAAGAAAUGGUUGGACCUCCAGGGAAUUCACAGGAAGACACCAUCACAGCAGAAUGUGUUUCAGGAGACAGUGGAAGUCAUUCUGACCUAGAUGUUGGGGAGAAGAAUGGCCUUGAAAAAAUAGUGGCAUUUAACCAUGUUCCAAAGCUGCGUUACUCUCUAGGCUAUGAACGACAGGCGGAAGAGCUUUGUGUGUCUUUCUUGGAGGCCAUCGGCCCUACACUUCCAAGUGCGGACAACACUGAAAGCUAUUGUUAUGUCCUGGGUACCUUAACCACUCCUCAUGGGCAAACAGAAGCUCAAACGUCACUGAUAAAAAGGGCUCAGCACACAGUGUGGGAAGAAGCCUUGGUGUUCCCUCUCAAUGAGGACGAGAGGACUGAGAGUUCUUUAACACUCACCUUGCGGAACUGUGACUGCUUCUCCAGAUAUAAAGUAGCUGGGGAAAUCACUCUGAAACUGGCACAUGUAGGCAUCCCUUUUGGCACUGCACGUUGGGUGGAUCUCAAGGUUCCUGAAAAGAGCCCGAAUUACUCUGGAGAAAUCCUGCUGUCUGCGAGCUAUCUCCCUGCGGCUAAUCGUCUGAUUGUUGUUCUUAUCAAAGCAAGAAAUAUCCAUUCUGAUAAAUAUAAUGAUCUUCUUGGUAAAGAUCUUCUGGUGAAGAUAAACCUGAAGCACCAGUCAAAAAGACUGAAGAAGAAGCAGAGUAAACGGGCUAAACACAAAAUCAACCCUGUUUGGAAUGAGAUGUUAAUGUUUGAGGUGCCUCCAGAACUCCUUAAGGAGGUCAGUGUGGAUCUGGAGAUGGUCUGCCAGGAGCCUUUGGAAAGGUCUAACCGUGUCAAUGGAGAAAGCCGUAUCCUAGGCAAGUGCUGCUUGGGUUUAGACAGGACUGGAACUGGAAAAAACCAUUGGCAGGAAAUGAUGAACAACCCCAGGAGGCAAAUAGCUAUGUGGCAUUAUUUGCAACCAUGAUGAGUUCUGGUCACAUGACCACAUAGGCAGCUCCCAUGUUUCAGGUGUUUUGCUGCCGCAGUAAUUCAGCCAAUGACAAUGGCCAUCGAGUCGGCUUUAUUUUUCUUGGCAUAUCAUCUCACUUCCAUAAACACAUCGGAAAUCAGGAAGAAUAUGUCUGAGAAAACGUUUGAAGUCUUUGGCAGGGCAGCUUCUGUUCCGAUAUCGGAGAACGGGGAAUCUUGAAGUAUUGUAGACUAAUAACUAACAAAAUAUAUGUUUACAUUUUAGUUUUUAUCUUGUGACAGAAAAUAUACAAUAUAUGUCCCUGGUUGCUCAAAAUUAUUGUUAUUUUAAUUCUUAGACAGUGACAAUAUAUGCUACCAAAGUUAAACUCAGCACGACUUGUUAAAAAACUACGGUGGCUGGUCUACACGUAUUUGCAAAAUAGCAAAUUCCACCGUAUAAUUCCUAUCAGCAGAUACCCAAUUUUCAUCUGAUGCAACAUUUAAUCUGAAACUGAAAAAUUAACUUUGAACUGAGUCAAUGAAUUGUUUUCAUUAACUCAGAUGAAAAUGGAGAUUAUAGACAGUUGCAGAUAUCAGUUCUACAAAAUAUUUUCACCAGUAGACAUUCUGGCGUGGUCAAUGGCAGCUGAUUUGGACAUACAUGUGCUGAGUCUAGUUACAAUCACUUAUAUAAUGCCAACAAGACAGAAAAUUCUAACAAAACACAAUUGAGAAAUGGAAACGCUUUGUCAAAAAAGCUCAACAGUCAAUGAUAAGUCCAAAGGUCCUGUAUGCUUGUUCCUUCCCUUAUGUUGGAUAAUUAAAGUUCCAUAUGGUAUUUUUUUCUAACAGAUUGGUGGGAACUGGCAAAACCAAAAUAUGGUAACAUGAAACAGACAGAUUUAUAGCUGAUUCUUUCAAUAUUGGUUAAUUUCUUCCCUUUGCAGUAUCAGGGCGCACCUGACCGUACAGGUGGUCACCAAAAUAUGAAAAUGGAAGGUCUUGCUUUCUUUAAACUCUGUCAAACUCUGUCUGCAGAAUUAAAAAAAUUGGUAGGUCCACAGGCCCAUUCUCAGAUCCCUAUUUUAUUUUUCCACUAUUUUACCAGAGACUAUAUGUCACCAUCGUGCAUGUUCACCACACUUCGUGGUUUUAUUACAUUCCGAGCCUAACAAGGGGGUAGUAUAGGCAAGGAUUGCCAACGUUGAUUUAGUUCAACAAUCUGUUAUCACAUGCUUAGCAACAACCAGGGGUUUAACUAAUAUUCAUGCAUGUAUGAUCGAUAAACAGUCUGCAAUGCAAAUAGGGCUUGUUUAAAUUCAUCUUCUAGAACCUUGGUGAACAAGGCACAGAAAACAUUAAUUCUGUUUAAAAAUGUUCAUGUCUGUUUUUGGCCGUUAGAGACAACUCAUGCUUGAAUCAGAUUUGAUCAUUGCAUGGGUUAAACAGGGCCAACGUAAGAGCACAACAAUUUGUAGUCCAUGUGAUGAUGUAUGGAAUGGGCCAAGGUUUCAUCAGAAAUCGUGCUCUAUCACUGUAAUAAUGCUGUGUUUUUAUGAGCACACAGCCACUAAAGAGUUGCUGCUAUGUCACUUUGACGCUUUUAACUUGAAUCCUUAAAAAUGCAUAUAACUAUCUAAAGCACAGUUUAGUGUUUUUUUUGUUUUUGUUUUUUUUUACAAAAAUACACCUAGACAAACAAAGAUUGCAGUAUGGCUAUUGGCUAGCACAUCAUUACAUGGGGGAAACGCAAAGGACUCCAAAGCACAAACAUUUUGUUAUAAACUAGCUUGAUGAUGAUGGCAUGGUCGCAACUUUUGCAGAUACUGCUUUCUUUGUUCAUGUAUGUGCUUCCCACGUCUUCCCAGUAGAGAUUUUACAUUGCUGCCAUUAAAUCCUGCAUUAACAAGACUGGGCAGUUUACUGGGAUUCAGAAUUAAAAUUGGUCUAGACCAGGGGUUCCCAACCCAGUCCUCAAGUACCCCCUACCAGUCCACGAUUUAGGGAUUACCUUAU